GUGGGGUAUAAAUAAUAAAUUAUUAUUAUUAUUACUCCAGAUGUUUUGGGACUACAAUUCCUGUCAUCCCUGACCACCGGUCCUGUUAGCUAGGGAUGAUGGGAGCUGUAGUCCGAAAACAUCUGGAGGGCCAAGUUUGGCCAUGCCUGGUCUAUAGCUUCAUCCUGCCAAGUGGUCAGGAAGAUUUGAGUCCCCAACAGGUGUACUGGGCUAUGAUAAUGACCCGUGUAGGGGUAACACGGCUGCCUGCAUCCCCUCUGUGACGGCUAACCGCCUCCCUUGGCCUAAGUAAGCAGCCUUCCUUUAUUAAGCAAUUUUUUUGGGGGGGGGAACGCUUGCUGAGUUGCGUAAGAUUGUUCUUGGAAAAGAAGAAGGCUCCGCCGAAUGGAAAGAAAAGCGGGAAGAGAAGGAGCAGCGGCCGCCAGAGGAGAUUCUUCUGUCUGCAGCUCACAAUGGCGCACGUGCCUUUCUCUCGGAGGUCACGCAGGGCAGAAAGGGGGAGAGGAGCCCUCGAGGAGGGGAGGGGGGUCAGCGCGCGAGUCUGUCGAGAGUCCCAGAACACCCGCGUGCAGCGGGAAGCCCCUCGCCGCGAGCCCGGUUCCUUAGUCGUCUAUUCCAUCCUCUCUGCCCCCCGAAGUGAGUGGUUGAGCCCGCCGCGUCCAGGGCAAGAGCGGGGAAAAGAGGAAGGGGGCUGCUGCGCCGCUGUUUGGCCAGGGGAGAUGUUUGUGAGGCGAGGAGGCGGCUAAGUCAUCCUUCGGCUCGGGGUGUGCGAGCCGGAGGGCGGAAACUUGGGAAGAACUAAGCGGGGCGGGGAGCGGGGGGUUGAGGAGUCUUCCGUCAGUGAAGGAGCUGAAGUGGAGAAGCUGAAGCGAGAAGUUCGCGUCGGAGCCAAAGAGGGGCGACGUAGUAAGGAGCUAAAUAGGCAAAGAAGGCGGAAAGGGGUCUCAGGAGAGAGAAGAAGUCUUCAGGACGGAGGCUGAGCUGUGGGACGUCUCUCCUCGCGCCCCGCGAGCCGGUGGCGCGCCAGCUGUGGCGGGCAGCAUGGAGCUGCUCCCGAAGCCCCUCAGGUGGACUGUGCUGCUGCUUCUCCUGUCUCUGUCCGGCUGCCUCGGCCAGACCGCGCCGCACUUGCGCCCCAGUCGGCCGGGCGUCAGGAACAAGUAAGUGCCCGCCUCGGCCUCUCUCCGCGCUAGCUUGGGCUCCCCUCAAACUCCGCUCUCGGGCCCUUGACGAAAUGCUCCCCACCCCCCGGGAAAAGUGAGCCGCAGGGCCGAGAGCGGCAAGCUGCCUGCAAAUGGGCAAGUUGGAGCAAAGUGAAACGGCCGGGGAAGAGGGAAUUGGUGGGGGUCUGGCGUGUCCAGGGAAUCCCCUCAUCUUUGCGGCUGCGAAGCUCUGAUGAGAGUUUAGGUUGAGUUCCCAGCACAUGGUCGGUCUUCAGUCCCAGCAGAGAACAGAAUUGGAUGUUACACAACCGGGGUGGGGUGGGUGUAAUCUGUAUUACUUGAGAUGGUUGGAGCUCUUUCUGCAGUGCUUGAUAUGUGACCAGUGUUAGAAACUCAGAAGGAUAAGCUAGGUGCCAAAUGGCUCCGCUUAAACCAAGGUUACAGUCGCCAAAACAGAAUUCCUACUUGCCAUUUUGGGGCAAGAAGACAGCUCUAAAGUCUUAUUUUUCAAAUGAUGGACUGACUGUGAAUGAUUAUCAGUUAAACAUCAGAUGACAACCUUCAGCUAGCUUAACAACUUUGAGAACAUAAAGAAGAAGUCAGUUUAUCCAGGGACAGUUCACACAUUAAUUGGUCUAUUCCAACCUCUUUUUCUUAAUGGUGACAUGGACCAUAACGUGAGAAUGUUCUUCACAGCUGAGAGCAGGGCAAUAGGGUGGGGUAAUCUACAAUAACAGGUCCUGCACAGGCUGCGUAAAAAAAGCAUUUUGGUUCCCGAAAUUCAUUUUGAUUGUGCAGAUAAAAUAUAAUUGACAGAAUUCUACAGGAUGUGUUAUUAGUGUGUGAUGUGUAUUAGUGGGCAUCUUCACUUGGUUGCAGGUGACAGGUACAAAAUGCACCUGUUGCCUGGCUGAUUUUGAACAGUGUGUCUCUAUUAUUAUUUCUUUUGAAGAUUUACAGCUUGCCUUGGAUCAUGACCUUCAAGGCUUCUUACCACUAGUUGCAGUUAUUUAAACAGAAAACACUUCACAUUGACAACCUCACAACCAUACAUGUAUAACUCAGCAGGCCUUAGUUCUCCAGCUGAUAGUUAGGGUCAGACUCUGAAGUUAAUUAUCUUCUUGUAGGCAGUGGACUUUUAGAUGGUAAUAUUGCCAGCCCUGCUGCAUUUAGGCAUCCUUUGGGAUUUCCACCCCAUAGUACUGCCAUGUGGACCCUACAGAUUAAAGCCAUAAUGUGCUUCUCUUCAGUUUAGCCAGGGCAAUUUGCAGUUGAAUCCGAUAGCUAUUUCUAGCGGGGAGUAGGAGGAAACUAGGUUUCCACAGUUGCUCCUUCUUUGGCCAACUGAUGGGCAAGCCCUUGUUGUGAUGUUCUUCCUGGGAGGCUGCUGUGGACUGGAGGAAAGCACUUUCCCAAUGUCAGUAUUAAAUGAAGAUCCAACUGCAAGCUCACUCAGAUUCUUUACAUGGAAUUGGGGAGGGGGGAAUAUUCUCCUUUGCCUCAGGCAGCAAAUGUAUUGGACCAGCUCUGCUGACAAAAUGUAGGUAAGACAUUUUUCAAAGGCUGUGUCUGCAUGUGCCUUAUUUGGUUGGCUACUUGAGCACUGGGUGACAUAACAAUACACACAAUUUGCGUGUGUUGGGCAUGGACAAGUUGAGCACAGACUAGAUACCAAAGGAUAAACAGCUUGGGGGGGGGGGUUCAGGCUCCAUAGUUCAGAGAUCCGGUCUACUUGUGCCACACCAAUUCUGUUUUUGGUACUUACUUGUGACCCCUUUUUGUGACUAGUAACAGCAGAAAGAUAUUUGUUUCUUUUUAGUAAUUGUCUCUUCCACCCAUGUAGCACUAAAUCGUAUUGUUAAAUGAAGCUCCUCAAUCCUCAAGCAGUGAGUAGUUUAGGGGGUAUCAAUGAAGAGUUUAGUUUCUUCCAGAUAGAAAAAGCACUGGAGAGUUAUGCUGCCUUUGUAGUGUUUUAUUUAUUUAUUCAAGUAGAGGGAGACUUUUAGAAGUAAACAGUUUAAAACAGGCAGACAACUCACUGACCCUUCAUCUGAUUUCUGGACAAUUUCAGCUUGGAAUCCCUACUGUCUUUCCCCUGCCCUCAUCUAGUCUAUCUAAACCUAAAACUCUAUCUCCAAACCCGCACUGCCAACUCCUCUGCACACAUGUCUCUGCAAAAGGCCUGGACUCAGACUUCAUCCUAACCAUUAGCUCCUUUUGAAGAAAUAUCAAUUAAAAAUCACUGUUAGCAAGCAAUCACCCAAACAGCAUUCACCUUAAAAGGUGACCUAGUCCCUCUAAAAGCUCUAGAGAGCCUAUAGCUCACCCUGGAAAAGAUGAUAAAGGGACAUAAAUUGAAAACAUUCAAGAUGAUUCAUAGUUACUCAUUUCCAUAUUUACAAAUGCAUUUCUUUCUCCAGUCAGUAUAACCAUCCCCGGUAAAUUAUUCACUCUCUAAACAGCAUUAUUCCUUUCCAGAAUACAGACUGCAUUCACAGUUUACAGAACAAAGAGACUUAACAGCAAAGUUAUCUUCCCAGGUUUUUAAAUACUUUCUGGUUCCAUUAUAUUGUUUACAAAGAACAAAACAAAAUGACCAUCAUUUUAUCCUCUACACAAAACUGUAGAUUCAGGCUUCGCUUCAUGCUUCCAUAAAGACAAGGCAGUUUGUUUCUUGUUCUUUUCAAGCAUGGUAUAAUUUCCUUAAAUAACUGAAUCUCACUAAGUCCUCAAUAUUUAGCCAAUUUUUAAAUGAUGCCUGGGGUUUCACUAACAUGAGUAAAGCAAGGAUGAAUUAAUGUGCCUUAGAACCAGGAAGUAAAACUGCAAGCAUUAAUGCAGCUCCCUUACGAACAAGUCUCUAAAACAAGUUUGGAUUUCCCUCCAGCUUCCAUUUAGACUCUUAUCAAUUGCUUGUGCACAUGCAACUUACAGCAUACUCUCCAUCUUCAAAUCCCAAUUGCCAACUGCAUAUGACUUUGCAAAAACUCUGAAGUCCGACCGCACUCUGCAGAUAACUUGCUCAUUCAGGAAAAAAUAUAUCCUAACCUUUAAAUUCCCUCUGUAGACAGCUGAUCAUCCAUCAUAAGCAAUCUAUUUAGCAACAAAGGGUUGGUCACCCAAGUGUCCUACUACCAAAGAGAUGGAAAAGACCAAAGGAGGCCAUUUAGCCCAGUCCCUUCUCACAAGGCCAGAGAACAUGGUUGAUUCCUUAACAUCCAAAGUUAUCCACCCCAGAUUCAGUAUUCUGUGGCUUCAGUUUAAUGUUAAGCAGCCAGUACCACAUUUGUGUUCUAACAUCAAGCACCUCCUAAUUGCUUCGUAAUAAACUAUAUUGCUGGGCUGGGAUGUGUAUUUGGUCAUUUAAAGUAUCUGCAUUUGUUCAUAUAGAAAGAACAGAGCAGAAAGAAGAGUGGGUUCCAUACCCUGGGUUCAAACACAAUCCUUGUCAGUUUGACAUGAGAUGCUUUUAUUCCUCCAUUUCAGCCUCUAUUCUGUAGUCACCAGCUAUAUUUAGUGAGAAUAUAAGUUUUAACUUGGUGCAUUUUAUUCUUUUAAAGUAAGCCAGGUAUUUUUGAAUACUCAAGUUCCACAGUAGCAUUCCAAGAUACUACUUUUGUUACAUCUCCUUACAGCUUUGAAAUUGGCUUUACAACCCGUAAAUGUAUUAGGUGAAUAAUAAUAAUAAUAAUAAUAAUAAUAAUAAUAAUCAGAUAAUUUCAAGUCUGUCUUCUCUGUCUCUUGAAUGGAAUCUUUGUGGUUGUAUAUUUGACCCAGAGAAAUGGCUAAUAACUUUCACUGUUUGAUGGCUUAACAGUGUGUCUGUCCUGUUCUUGUCUCCCUCUCUUCUUCUCCCCUGCAGGAACUGGUGUGCCUACAUCGUGAACAAGAAUGUGACCUGCUCAGUGCUGGAUGGCACAGAGAGUUUUGUUCAAGUUCAGUACUCCUGUGCCUGGAACCAGAUCCCCUGCCCACAUGCUCCUGUGUAAGUAACAAAGGAAGACAAGGAGGAGACUGAGUGGGUGGGGAAGUAUUUGGUCAUCUUUCCAGCAGUGAGGUAUUCCCAUAUGUAGGCAGAAAAAUCCUCUGCUUCAUCACACAACUUAGUACGGCUGUGGAAUUCUUCACGUUUCACCAUGUGGGUACUUCAGGAGGAUGUGCACCAUUUUCUAACAUCUGAUUUCUAAGCCAUAGUAUAAGCUGAACAGAGCUUGCUCUUUUUAUUGCAAACAUGAGGCAGCUGCAACUAAUUAGAGCCAUGUUGACUCUUCUGUCAACAGAUAAUACAAGUCACCGUACAUUAUUCAGACAAAAGAAGGAAAUUGCAAAAACAUUACCCUAGCAUAACUACUUUGGGGUUGGCAUCAGUUAAGAAUUAUUUUUUUAAAACUCUGAUUAAAGUUGAAGCAAUUAGUACCUCAAUUUUUGUGGCAGCUCUGUGAACACCUGCUGCUGAGUACAAUUACAUUCCUUGGCCUACAAUCACCUGCAGGCUCUAGUCAUGCAGAGCAGUCAUAAACUUUGCUGUAAAUCAGUGCAGGUCCUCUUCUUUGAAAUGCCUGGGUGGAAGCCAAAAUGUUCCAGUAAUUUUGAGCCCGUAAUUUUUUUGCAGUGUGUGCUGCCCUGUGAUCCACAUGGACAAAAGGAAUAUAAAUAAGGGCUAUAAUAUUGGUGAACAGAAUAUACAGCCGUUUAAGUGGCUAUUUGAAUAGGCCGUCUCAGCAAACCAGCUAACUUUAGGAGAUGUUGCCAGGUGCGCAAAAAUGUAUUCCAUCACCUGCUCUCAGAAUGGUGACAAUUUGAAGGUCUGGACAAUAUUUUACUCCCUCACAAUCUGAGAAAACCUAGCAAUUCAGAUGCUCAAAGCCCUGACUCUGUGUUGCUUGAUGGUCUAGAAUGCUUACACUCAAGCUACAAGCUUCUGGGCUAUAUAGUUUAUUUCGUAAGGGAGGAGGACUGGAAGAAGAGCGUGUGGAAAUCUUCCAGAAUAGUGUAUUGGCUUUCAUGAAACUACCCUGGAAUAAGUUGUAAAGAUUUGAAACUAUCAUCUUGUGUUAAAUGAAAAUCAGGUGCCUUGGAAAUCUAGAUACCUUUGCCAAUGUAUGUAUGUCUGCAUCUGGAAGAAUGCUGUGAGUAUUCCCGCCCCCUGCCCCCAGCAAAUUUGCUGUUACUAUUUCUUCAGAAUCAUGUGAUAAGAGGCGCGUGAUUAGUCACCUCCUCGGGUGUGUCAAUUAUGGCUUUACAUUCUGAUAGUAGUCAAAGACGGGACUUGGGUGGCGCUGUGGUCUAAACCACUGAGCCCCUUGGGCUUGCCUAUCAGAAGGUUGGUGGUUCGAAUCCCCACGACAGGGUGAGCUCCGGCUGCUUGGUCCCAGCUCCUGUCAACCUAGCAGUUCGAAAGCAUGCCAAAAAGUGCAAGUAUAUAAAUAGAUACCGCUCCGGCGGGAAGGUAAACAGCGUUUCCAUGCGCUGCUCUGAUUUCGGUGCUCCAUUGUGCCAGAAGCAGCUUAGUCAUGCUGGCCACAUGACCUGGAAAAACUAUCUGCGGACAAACGCUGGCUCCCUCUGCCUGUAAAGUGGGAUGAGUGCCGCAAUCCUAGUCGUCUGCAACUGGACUUAACAAGUUAUGUAGUGCAAUCCUAUACAAGUCAACUUGUAAGUAAAUCCUGCUGUAUGCAUUGGGGCAUACUCCCCAGUAUGUUUGUUUAGAGCUGUAACUAUUGAUCAGCGUUUUUGUUUUGUGUGCUUGAAUUUUGCAGCACAAAUGCUUUUGGCAAAAAAGUAGCUUGCCUUUGCCAAAAAAGAAGCUUACAUUCAACUAAACAUUGACAACAUCAGCUUAAUUAGAGGAAGUUGUGGUGAGAUGUUCUCUCUGUAAUGUUCCCUGUUGAUUCUUUUCAUAGUAUCUUAACUUAAUUGACCACUUUAUAAUACUUUAAAGAGAGAAAGAGGAAGAUUGGAUUAGGCUGACUGAUGAGAGGUUCGGUCUCUCUUUCUAUGCACCCAUUGGGAGUAGUUCCACUUAACACAGUAGGACUUACUUACAAAUAAGUAUGCAUGUGUUUGCAUUGUGAAUUAAUAAAACAGCUAGGGUGGCCUAAGCAGGUACCUUCACUGGCCUGAGAGAGACCAGCAUGUGGUUACAGCUAUGGCAAAAAGGUCCCUCCCAUGUCUUUCUAAGCAGAAAAACCAUGUGGUUGAUAGGGCUGCCUACCAGGUUAAUCCUACUAGGAAGGCUCUCACUCUAUCUAUUGUUAUGAGGCCUAACAAGAAGUCUCAGUAGGACUGCCUUGAAUGGCCAUCUGAGCAUGCUCAGAGCUGUUUCUGGAAGCCACGCCUCAAAGCCCAUUCUUUGUAGCUAGCCAGGAGAAGGGUGCAGUGGCUAGUUUGAGCAGCUUGUGUUUUUAAACGAAUAUUCAUCAAGAGAGAGCAACAGUGGACAGUGAGUAUCUUUUUAUAAUAUCGAUUUUUAAAUCAUUUUUGGGAAUGGGCAAGGAGAAAUGGUUGGUGGCUUCUAUGUGUGUUGUAACUUUCAGCACUUGUGUAUUAUUGGAACUCUAAUGUUUGUACAUAGGCUUGAGAUGUAUGGAUGUUUUGCAUUCCUGUUUUUCUUUAGGUUUUAAAAAUCGCUGUGCUGCUUGGUUGGCUACUGUGAGAACAGGAUGCUGGACUAGAUGGGCCUUUGGCCUGAUCCAGUUGCUGAUCCUGAACUACUGUGGUGAUUAUAUACCAUGGUGGAUAUGUGUGUUACAUUAUUAAAUACAAACAAAGGUUUGGUGAGACUGAUGCACUCUGUGCAUGCUCAUUCUAUUUUUUUCUGAGGCUUAUAGUUCCUAAUCAUGUCUCCUCUACUCAAGUCUGUGAAAGCAAGGUGUGGUUUGUGAGGAGCAGUUGGCAGUGCCCUUAAUCUGCAUCACAUUUUAAUUGGAUAGAAUAUUGACUGUACAUUUCCCUUCUCAGUAAGCCAAUUGGCAAGAGCCUUAUUGUCUAUACCUUUGGAAAACAAGCACACCAGUGGCUCUGAAGACUUAAGUUUACAAUCUUCCUCUCUUGUCACUGGCUGUUUGGGUACAGUACUAAUAUUCUUUUAAUCAAAGGGGCAGUCAACUAUUUUAUAGGUGCCAACUAUUUGUAUAAUUGCAAUGCUUAGGUUCCACAGUAGCUUUGCAAGGGAGGAGGAUGGGGAGAAAAUCAGAAGAACUUGGACACACCCCUGGGACCACUCAUUCUCCACACCCCUGAGAGACCCCCUAGCAGCCCUACUACAUGUAGUGGGCAUCAGCUGCUGCUGGGUAGCAGUAAUACACAGAGCCCUAAUCUGUAUAAGGAUGUUCAUCAGUGCAUGCAUUGUAUGGGCUUAAAUGUCUUGAGAUAAAAAUGGCUCGGGCGGAAUAAAUGCAGAAAUCUGUCCUAAGCUGAAAACUUGCAUCAUAUGUAGACAAUACUUUUAAGUCUAGACAAUCUUUGUUUUGCACAUGGGUUAUAUUCUGGACCCCCACAUACGUCAGCGGGCCCCACAUAAAGCAUUCUGCCCCGUCCCCAUUCUGCUCUUUUAGUAAUGUUUUCAGGUCACUUCUGGAUUCAUCGCAGUGUGUGUGUGUGUGCAUUUCCAUCAGUCAUUGCCGGUAGCCUAAAAUUUGUUCCAGUAAAUUUAAGAGUAAAAAAUGGUUUUGGAUGUCUCAAAAAUAUUUACAAAAGGAGCACUGCUGUUGCAUAAUCAGGAAUGACUCCUGGAUGUGCCCAGGGAAAGGUUUUUCUGUAGAGGCCCUAUCUUGCUGACCUCAUGGGGAAUGCUGCAGAAGGACAGUGUAUUGGAAACAAAAAGAAGUUAUCAGUGAUCCUUAGUAUUUUGGCAUGUUUGAUAGUGUCAGUUUGCUGAUGAGAUGAACUUUUCUGGCCAUGUAUCAUUGACCUAGAAUUGCCCGUUUUUGUCUGUAAACAGUGAACAAUAGACUCUUUCUCAUCUAUGGGUUGCAAAGGGGUAUAUUUAUUUCAUACAACAUUCAUAAUUGACUGCAUAAUUUCAGAAAAACUCAGUACGAAUGUUUGAUCUUUGAUAAUACUUGAUGGGAGUUUUAAACAAGCUCUUUGUUGUAUUCAUUCCUAGACAAAUGCACAAAUAAUGUUAAAACUCUCUAUAUUUCAUAAUGCAAUGUAGUGUACCUCCAGGCGAAUAGAAACAACAUAUUUCCAGUGCUGCAGGGCAUAAAGCACAUAUUCUCAUGGUCCAGAACCUAUCAAACUUCUUCUGUCUUCUGGUAACAUCUUGUGGCUCCUGCUAGGGUAUUGACAUGGGAAAUAAUAUAAAAUACAGUUGUACCUUGUAUCCUGGGUGGCGAUGUUUCUAUUUUGCUUAAUGUAUGUAGGGUUUGGUGUCAGCCUGUGCAGGUUCUCUGCUGUUCAUUUGUGUUUCUUUGGUGGUGUGAGAGGUUGGGGUUGGCCUAGGGUGUGGUUGGUUGUUUGUGAUUGGCUGUGGUGAUCUUUGUUUUCGUGUGUGAGUGGUGUGGGUGGGUGUUUUGGAUCAGGUUAGCCAUAUUGAUUUGUAUGCUGUUGGUGGAUUAUUGACAUUGUCUUGUUGGGCUGUGUAUGUGAUAAAGGGGAGCCAUACCGGGGUAAAGGUGUCUUUAUGCAAAUUUGUAUCUUCUGGUGGCCUCCUAUUUGUUGAUCUGUAAAUGGCCGUGCUAUUAAAAAUGUCUCCUUGUUUAAAAAGUUUCUUUUAUUUUCAUGUGAAUCAACCUGGAGCUUAUCUGCAGAGUCAUUUUGAAAAGUCUUGACCAGUGACCCACCAUCUCUGGAUGUAAUGCAUUUUCCAGACCUUCCUUCAUGACUCAUUUGUCAGGUUUUCCCAUUCUUAUUGUGUUAAACUAAGUCCCUUCAAAAAAAGGGAAACUAUUGCCAGAAACUAUUUUGAUGACAGGCUUAAUCCAGUAAAUGGAUUUCUAAUUAGCAGGGAAGAGGAACAUGUGGAAUAAAGGUGCUUUGGAAGGUUAAAGGCAAGAAGUGUACUUUGAAAAUGGCAUCACUGUGUGGCAAGGAAGAAAGGCCAAGAGCCUGCCUAAAGUUUUCUGUUUGUUUCUAUGGACCUGAAUAUGUGGGUAUAUGUUACCAGCCUAUGCUAUGAUAUACAAAGGUGCAGGGAGUGAGGGAAGAAGUCCUCUAAGAAUACAAAUGCAGGUGAGCACUACUUUCUUGUUUUGCGUUUUUAGGACUCAGAGGUAGUCAUGUAUCACAAUUCUCCAUCUUUCUGAUAGUAUGCAUUACUAUAAUAGAAGAAUGAAAAGAUUUGUGUUAAUGCUAGCAACAGACAUGCUGAACAAGUCAGUUUAGGUUUGAACCCAACAGAUUGCCAUCAGAUGAUUUCAGUAGGACUUUGUACGUGUUCUUGAUUUCAGGAAGGCAGCUUCAAUUCUUAUUUCCCAAUAAAUGAAAAUGCAGGUGAUAGCUAUUAUGAGUUCAAGCACUUCUUCGAACUAAUUAAUUCAUUGAUGUUUAUGAAACAUUUAGGAAACGGUUGGAAAUCCCCAAGUGACUUCAAAGGCAAAUUUUGUCUUUCUUUCUGUAGCAAGAUUUAGGAAGCAACCUUAGGAAAUCUGAGCAUUUUAGAUGGUGCAGUACAGUGGUACCUCGGGUUACAGACACUUCAGGUUACAGACGCUUCAGGUUACAGACUCUGCUAACCCAGAAAUAGUACCUCGGGUUAAGAACUUUGCUUCAGGAUGAGAACAGAAAUCACGCAGCGGCAGCAGCGGGAGGUCCCAUUAGCUAAAGUGGUACCUCAGGUUAAGAACAGUUUCAGGUUAAGAACGGACCUCCAGAACGAAUUAAGUUCUUAACCCGAGGUACCACUGUAUUUGGGUUUGUGAGUGUUUAGCUUCUUGUUCUGCAUAGCUAAUAACAGAGAAUCAGCUGAAUCCCAUGAGGAGCAAAUGAUUUCAUUGUUGGAGAAUUUUUAACUGCUGUGGAUUCAACAGUAACAAAUAGAUGAAAAUAAGGGAGUGGUACUAAGAGCUUCAACUGUUAUGUAACAUAGAAUAUUUCUACUUGUCUUCUACAAUGGACCAUUGUAAUCCUGGUAGCCUGGUAAUCUAGCCAUACUCCUUAGCCUUCUUUCUUUAUGCAAUCUGCAAUCAAAGUUAGAGCUAUGUCAAUCAAUAAAGCUCUAUAGAUCAUAAUAACUGAACUUAUGACUACUAACUGUAGUUAAUGGCAAAGCACUGGUUAUAAAACGUGGGUCUUUCUACUUCAGUGGACCACAAUUAAGGUUGAACCUGAUUAUAAUUUGUUAUUUUGAUGUUGUUACUGCAAUUGGAAAAUAAAUAAAAACAUUAAUAUAAAAAUGUUAACUAAAGAAUGGAAGUUACUUAAAACAAUUUCAGUGAAUUAAUACAACAAACAUCUUUAAAUAUCAAAAUGUUUUAUUUAUCAAACUUUGAAUUGCGUUGGGGCAAAGAUACCCCAGUUGCAAUGUGGGCACAGAUAAUGCAUGUGAAUCAGAUUUACUAGGCCUAAUUCAAAGCAGUUAAGUACUGUUAGGGUUGGAAUAUCUCUUUAAUGACUUUAAAUCACUUCAAAGUGGUCACUGCUGUCUCUAGCAGUGACUUCAAAGAAUACUCAUCCUAGCUAAAUUGCUUUCACAGUAAUAAGUAGUUAGACAUACAUAAGAGAACAGGGAGGAAACAGGAUAGUCAUGGGUGGGCAGGAUAUUAUAUUUUCCCACUCUCCCCCUACUCAUUACAGGGAUUGUUUAUAUAGCUCUCUAAUGACUUUAAAUCUCUUAAAAGUAGUCAUUGUUGUCCUCCUACAUGGACAAAAAUGGAAUGAUUUAUUAUUGUUUAAUAUGGAGGAAUGGUUGCUGAAGUUGAUAUGUUUGAUUAGAGAAAAACUAUUGCUGACAUUUAUUGAUAAUAGUUAUAGAACCCCUUUUGGACCUUUUGGGUGAAAAGGAAAAUGAAUGAAUUUGAGACAUUUGGAUCUAAAGAUUGGGGAAAUAUUGCUUAACAGAAAGUCGUACAGUUGGAUGUCAUGCUAGAGUGACUGUUUUGAAUAAUAUCUUUUAUAUAACUGACAGGUGGAAAAUCAGAAGUCCCUUUUAUUUUUAUUUCUUCUUUUUAUUUAUUUUUUAUUUUGCUUUGUUUGAAAGAACCCCGCCCCCCAAUAAAGAUCACCAUAAUAUGUUAAUGCUACCAUUUUCAUUUUAUUUAUUGCAGGUAUCGUACAAGUUUCAGACCUAAAUAUAAAAUAACAUAUAAGACAGUAACAGAAUUGGAAUGGAGAUGUUGCCCUGGAUACAUGGGUAUAGAUUGCAAAGAAGGCACACCACAAAAGCCAAGGUCUGCUGUUUACCCAGCACAGCUACCAGCAGAUGACAUGAAGCCAAGCUUGGGUAAUUCUUUUCUUUGAAUUUUGGUAUGCAUGUCCCUGCCCAUAAUUUUUCUUUUUGCUAUGUUUGACACAGCACUUGCAGUCCAAAGUGUUUUAUUUAUUUCUCUGCCAUUUAUCAGUCUCAUUAACCCUUUGAGGUAGGUUUUUGAGGGCCCAGUCAAAGAUCCAUCUCACAUGUACCCCAAAAAUCUGAUCUGGAGGGUGGCCCCAAGCUUGCAGAGCUGUUUCUGAGGGUCUAGGAGGUUGUGGAGGAGACAGGAGAGGAAGAGCAAGUAUAGCUGCAUGGACAGAAGUCCAUGGAGCUGCAGUAUUGGAUAUGCAUCAUUGUAUAUAUUUUUUAAAAACCAAUAUUUUUAAAGAACAGUCUGUUAACCAUAUUGAUAACAUGGCAGUGCCCGUGACGGAGCCUCAAGAACAUCUUAUAGGGUUUUUAUGAAAACCUAUGAGAUGGCGGUGAAGUCUUACUUCUCGGCCUCCAUUGCAUCCGCUAGCUCUCGCCCGGCGCAAUUAUUUAGUAUAAUUAGGUCUUUAACGUCCCUUGAAGGACAGCCAAAUUUAAAUAACAAUCUGACACACAGCUGUGAGGCAUUUGCAAGCUUUUUUGCGGAGAAGGUCCUGUUGCUCCGCCAUGACCUCCCUGCCAAUUUGGAUACAAUAAAGGAACUGGAGGCCCCUCGACUGUCCUCGGGUCCAGUAUUGGACCACUUUGAUCGGAUAUCCCCAGCCGAUGUGGACAGACUCCUCCGAGCUGGAAAGCCCACCACCUGUCCUCUUGACCCGUGCCCGUCUUGGCUGAUUAGAGCGUGUCCAGACGAGGUGCGGGCCCCUGGGGAUAUCAUCAAUUUGUCCCUUGGCACCGGGAUAUUUCCAGGGAAUUGAAGGAGGCAGUGGUGCGCCCGCUCUUAAAGAAAACAUCAUUAGAUCCCUUAGAUCUAUCCAAUUACCGCCCGGUUUCGAAUCUUCCAUUCCUGGGUAAGGUGAUUGAGAGAGCGGUUGCUGAACAGCUUGGUAGGUUUCUGGAUGAAACAUCGGCUCUAGAUCCAUUCCAGUCUGGCUUCCGCGCUGGUCAUGGGACCGAGACGGCUCUGGUCGCCCUAACAGAUGAUCUCCGUAGGCAGCUGGAUCGAGGCGGGUCGGGGCUGCUGAUUCUUCUAGAUCUGUCAGCAGCCUUCGACAUGGUUGAUCACGAACUCCUGGACCACCGCCUUGCCGACGUGGGGAUCCAGGGCACAGUCCUUCAAUGGCUGCGCUCGCUUCUCUCCGGUCGGGGACAGAGGGUGGCGCUUGGGGGAAUUGUCAUCCCGCCACUCCUUGGUGUGUGGAGUGCCUCAGGGUGCGAUACUCUCCCGAUGCUUUUAACAUCUUUAUGCGCCCUCGCCCAGCUUGUCCGGAGUUUUGGGCUGGGUUGCCAUCAGUAUGCUGAUGACACCCAACUCUAUCUGUUGAUGGAUGGCCAUCCUGACUCGGCCCCAGACACACUGACCAGAUGUUUGGAAGCUGUGGCUGGAUGGUUACGCGGAAGCCGGUUGAAGUUAAAUCCUUCGAAGACAGAGGUCCUCUGGCUGGGACGGGACGAUAUGGGAUUGGGGGACAACUCCCAUCUCUUGCGGGGUGCAAUUAGUGCCAGCACCGUCCGUUAAGAGUUUGGGUGUAAUCUUCGAUACCUCCCUCUCUAUGGAGGCGCAGAUUACAGCUAUAACAAAGGCGGCAUUUUUUCAUCUCCGCCAAGCUAAGCAGUUGGCCCCUUAUCUCUCUCGCCCUGACCUAGCCACUGUGAUCCACGCGACGGUCACCUCCAGACUGGAUUAUUGUAACUCGCUCUACGUGGGGCUGCCCUUGAGACUGACCCAGAAACUCCAGCGGGUGCAGAAUGCCGCGGCGAGACUCCUUAUGGGGUCUUCGCUGCGAGAUGACAUUCAUCCGGUACUAUACCAGCUGCACUGGCUCCCGGUGGAGUACAGGAUCAGGUUUAAGGUGCUGGUUUUAACCUUUAAAGCCCUAUACGGCCUAGGACCCUCGUACCUACGGGACCGCCUCUCCUGGUAUGCCCCACAGAGGAACCUACGGUCUGCAAAUAAAAACAUCCUGAAGGUCCCAGGCCUCAGAGAGGUUAGGCUGGCCUCAACUAGAGCCAGGGCUUUCUCGGCUGCGGCUCCAAUCUGGUGGAACGCUCUGUCACAAGAGACUAGGGCCCUGCGGGACCUGACAUCUUUCCGCAAGGCCUGCAAGACAGAGUUGUUCCACCAGGCCUUUGGUCAGGGCCCAGCCUGACUCCCACCUCCGGCAACCUGCACAGAACUUUGCUCAACGGUUGCCAUUAAUUUGAUUUUAAUUAAUUUUUAUAAUGAAAUGUUUUAGAAUGUUGGAUCAUUUAAUUGUUUGAUUAUUUAUUUGUUGUUAGCCGCCCUGAGCCUGGCUUUGGCUGGGGAGGGCGGGAUAUAAAUAAAAUUUAUUAUUAUUAUUAUUAUUAAAGCAAAUGGACUGAUGGCGAUCUGUUGGGUUCAAACCUAAGUUGACUGUUGUAGUAUAGUAUUAUAGCAGUAUAGCAAAUUAACAGUAUUGGGUUAUAACACUUUACUUUCCUUUCAUUAAAAAAGCCCUGAAAGCAUUUCAGCAAUAAUUUAAAAAAUGAUUUUUUAAAAAAGGCUUUUUCUACACAAAAGGUGGUAAACAUAUACCAUCAGUCCUGGAAGUAUUCCAAGCUAAACCCCUAGCACAGUUAUUAUAUGGGGCUCAGAUUUGGACAGGCACUGACCUUAGAUCUAUGGAAGCUGUCCAAUUAAAGUUCUUAAGGCAAAUUUUCCCUGUACUACCCUGUGUCCCAAACACAUCAUUCUGCCUAGAGGCUUAUCUUCCCUUGGUAGAAUUAUGGAUUUGGCAUAGGACACUUAACUAUUGGCUUCGCCUAAACUUAAAUCUCUCCGGUCUAAUAUCCCCAGUGCUGCAAAAUUAUCACAAGAGUGCCUAGACUAAAAUUGUCUAUCAAAAACUUCACUCUUGUGGUUUAUCACCACAACAGCUACUCACUUUGGGUUUUAGCAAAGCAAACAGUCAAAUUUGUCAGUGCCUAAAUGAUAUCGAGCAUCAGAACAACUUGGUCACAAUAAGGAAAUUUUGCCCAUGGUAUGACAAUUUUCCACCUACCCAUUUUGACUCUCUGGCACCCUAUCUGCAUAACCUAGCAAUUCUAAAAUAUAGACAUGCUUUUACUCUCACGAGAUUGAAUGUAUUGCCCUCAGCUGUAUUUGAGAGACUAUUCUAACAGAUUCCACACGAAAAACGCUUAUGUCCCUGUGGAAAUGGCAGUACCGAAUCGGUGGCGCAUGCCCUUCUGGCUUGCACUCUUUAUAAAGACUUGAGGAGUGAGGUUAUCACCCCUCUUUUAUUGUCCAUUCCAGGUCGCCCAGCCACUGCCACAGUGUCCUUUCUCUUGGCAGAUCAAGAUGAGCAGGUGACAGCAAGGUUUUUAGCUGGGGCAAUUAGAAUAGGAUCCACUAUUUGACUAUUGACUCAAAACCCUAAAAUGUAUUUUAUAUAAUUAACUUUUUUCCUAUUCUUUGUGUAUUGUAUUGUUGUAUAUCAUGUUUUUUUACUGCUAUGGCCAAUGGCUGACACAAAUAAAGAUCCAUUCAUUCAUUCAUAAAUGGUGUGUGUGUGAUGAAAUGGCAUUCACCACAAGAGUUAUAAUGAAUAUGUGCUGAACUUAAAAUGGCCUCACCCCAGCAGUGUGUGGGCAGAACAUAGGAUGCAUUACUGCCAAUAGUGUAGAGAUUUAAUUCCAAUUUCAUUUGCAGCUUACAACAAAAGAACAGUGACUUGGUAGUGCUAGGGCCACCCUUUUGGAAGCAGCUGUUAGUGCCCAUGAGCUUAUUUCAUAUUUACAAGUUCAGUGAUAUUUUCAGAAUGUUGUAUGGAAUGAUUCUGUAUUAUAAGAAUAUGAGGGUUUUUUUUAAUGCUGGUGCUUGUCACUAACUUGAUAAGUUAGUGAUGACUUUUAAGCUACUUUGUGGAAACAGAGCCUAGAACCAAGAGCUGGGUGGGGGCUGUUUAUGCAGGUGAACAUGCUUUUUUCUGCACUAGAAGCUUUUGCUGGUCUUUCUUUCUUUCUUUCUUUCUUUCUUUCUUUCUUUCUUUCUGAACAUAUUCCAUUUGGCAAGGCCAGUUGUAAUAUUCAGUUUGGAUGAAUUGGGGCUGGUUUUCCUUGAUGUCAUGUUGCAGGCAUUUCUCCUGCAUUGUCAGGAAAAUGUUCAGAAUUUAGGUGCAGUGGCCAAUUUGCACAGCUGUAGCAAAAGAUAAUCAGUUUGAUAUGCAAUAUCCGCCCAAAGUACUGUGCAUAUUUCAGUAUUUGAAAGGGCAGCUUAGGUUGCUUCCCUGUAUAAGCUUUUUUUGUGCUGACUCCCAUGAAAGUACAGAAUGAUGGACUUGGGUCAUAGUGAGAUCAGCACAGAUGAUGCAGUCUCAAAUCAGUAUCAUAUUUUGUGUGUGCAUUGAUUCUCAUAUUCCUAGUUUGGUGGAGGAGUGGGGAAUCUAACCCUUCACAUAUUGCUGGGCUACAACUCCCAUUAUCCUUGACCACUGGGCAUCUUGACAAGGACUGAUGAGAGUUAGAUUUCAGCAACAUCCAUCAUCAGACUUCCUACCCUUGUAUUAAAGCAUAGAGCCAAAUAUAAAAGAAGUAAUUCACUUUGAAGGAAAAACAUGGGGGGGGUGAGAAAGUUGUAAAGAUUUAUCCCUCUGAACCAUCUAAGUCAGUUUGGGGUUUUGUAACUUCAAGUUUAGUUUCAAAUGCUGUUUCCACAUUUUUCUUUCUUUUCUUUCUGCAGACACUAAUCCGAAACAAGAACAGCAGGACUCACAGGAUAAAAGAAUUCAGCUCCUUGAGGAUGAAGUAUUCCGCCUUACACAGACUGUGCUAGAGCUUCAGUCCUCCUUAACAGGUGUGAAUGAAAACCUAAAGCUUUCUGUUCAAGAAGAUGCAAGUCGGAUGCUUGUAUCAUGGUUGAACAACCUUCAUGACCGUCCAGAGCCUGACAGUACGGCUGAGGGCGAAACAAAGAAAAUUCAUGUGUUUGGAAAUAAAGACCAAAAGGAACCUGGAAUAGAAAAUAUAAAAUCUGAACCAACAGAAGAUGGAUUGAAGGACAAAGAUGACAAGGUGGAAGAAGGGAAAGGGAAAGCAAAUGGUUAUGAAGCACAAUUAAAACAGCUCCAAGAAGCCGCCCAAGGCCCAACCGUAAUGAUGCCAAGUAGCCAGUUGUAUCAGCAGUACAUUGAUGCUAGGUUUGAAGAUCUGAGACAGGAGAUUUUGGAAGGAUUUGAGAAGAAAAUGGCAGAUCUGAAAAAUUCCUGUGAGUACAAACUGAUGGAUAUUCAACAACAUUGUGAUGAUCAUGAAGCCAGCUGCCAAGGAAUAAGGGAACUUAUUGGAGAGAAAGAAAAUGACAUCAGAAAGGAGAUAAAACAUCUUCAGACUCUUAUCCAAGCACCAUCAAACCACUCAGUUUGUUGCAGUAAUGCUGAAACUGAUGCUUUUGGACAGCAGCUAAAACAUUUGGGUGAGAAGAUUGACAGAACUGCAGAAGCAAAUAGGAUUUUAAAUGCCAGAAUAGAUAAUGAAAUGAAAUACAUAGCCACUCCAUAUCUGGAAGGCAACUUUGAUGCAAAAUGGGAGGAAGUGGAAGCCAGGAUCAAUGUUACAGAGAGAAAUGCUGAACAACACUGCUUUUACAUUGAAGAAACUCUUCGUGGCGUUAUAGCUACUGAAGUAGAUGAAGCGAGAGACAUAUUUGACAAAAAGCUUCAGGCACUGGAAAACCGUCUGAGUGCUACUUUUCUAGAUGUUACUAAUAUCACAAAUCCAGAUGAGAGAAAUGUUGAUCUAUUAUCAAUUUUGCAUAGCAAUUCAGGGUCUGGAAAUGAACAGUUUGUCUCUGAAAUAAAUAUUGUGAAGAACAAACUGCAAGAUAUUGAAAACCUUUGCAGGCAGAAAUGCCAGCCGGUAUCACACAAUGUGGAGGGCCUCCAGAGAGACGUAGAAAACUGCAACAGUAAAUAUGAUGUAUUGUUUUUGAAAACAGAGGGUAAUUCUGGUCUUUUAAAAUCCUUAAAUGGCUCUUUAAGUGAGAAAUUUAAUUUAAUUAAAGGCAGCCAACGUGACAUUCAGAAGCUUCAAAAGGAUUUACGAAUUAUUCGUUAUGGUCUGAAUGCUAUUGAUAAAAAUAUUAAGAAACUUCAGGGUGGUUUGAGCAGCUGCAAUGAACAACUUCUAGGUAUCAAUUCUACUUGUGAAAAGGUACAACUUGAUGCUUUCAGAAAGGUAGAUGAAAUACAGAAAACAGUGGGCAAUCAAACUCACCCAGACAGUAAUUGUUGUAAUGACUUAAAGGAUAGGAUGGAACAGCUAAGCACGAAGCUAUAUUAUAACCUGAACAAAUGCCAAGAGAAAUUGCCUGGUGUCUCUGAUAUGGAGGGUAGAGUGUCCAGUGUUGAAAAAACCUGCAGCAAACUAGAUCAAGUGUCUAGCAGCCUCCAAAGGAUAAGGGAGGGAUUAAACAAACAUGUCUCCAGUCUUUGGAACUGUGUCAAUAAGAUGAACAGAACUAUAAUUUCCCAUUCUAAAGAUAUUUCUGGACUCAAGAAUUCAUCCCAGCAGUUCCACAGCCAGUUCCACAAAUUCACCAUUGACCUCCAGAAUCUGAUGAAAACUAAACCUGCUACAUGUAAGUUAGCCUCCCUCUUUCUAGAUGCUAAUUUUUAAUUUUAAACAAGGUGACAGCAGGGGUAAGCUAAACAGAUUUUAAAAUAACAAUGUACAUCAUGGAGAGCAGACGGAAUUGUGUUCAUAUUUUUACUUUCUACCUUUGUUUUUUAAAUGUGGUUUACUGAAAUCAAACAUUUGGGGAGAAUCCAAUUUGAGCCAAAUGCUGUACAAUUUUUCUCUAUACAACACGACAUCACUUUAUAGUAAUACUGUUUUUUACAAGUUCUUGAUCGGAAUGUUUAUGAUGCAUUAAUUGAAUCUAUGAAUCUAAAUGUUUCUUUAACUAUUUCUGGAUAUUCAUAUUCAUGAAAUGUUGCAUGCAAACGGACAGAGAGCACCAUUCUUUGCUCAUGUACAGAGUGUUCAGGCUCAGACAUGAUCUCGCCCUACUUUCUGGGCAAACACAGCCGUGUGUGUGUGUGUGUGUGUGUGUGUGUAUUUAGAGAACAGCUGAUAGUGCUGAAGUGAAUCCCUUCUGCCCUACUGAAUGAGACAAAAGCUCCUAAAUUCAGCACAGCUGGGCAUCCCUUCAGGCAGAUCUGUAGUAAAGAGUUAUGGUAUCCCUUAGCUUUUAGAGUCCAGUAGUGCAGAACUGUAUAGCUCUGCCCUGCCCUGCUCAUUUCACAACUGACACCACACAAGCUGUUGUGAAAUAAGCUGCCAUAUUACAGUUGUUAGAAUAUUCAGUCAGAUCUGAAGCGAAGUGCUUGCAUCAUAGGGCAAGCACACCGUCAGAGCAUAGUGAGGAAUCUGUCAAAACAUUGCAGGCAGUGGAACUCCUAAAUAGGAAUGUAAUUCCUCUGCACCCAGAGAAAAUUUCCUUAUGCCCCAAACAUGUCACAUAUCUCCCUGACAGCAUCCUUUGCAUUUGGGACCAGAUCCCCUACUCUGCACCAAGUUGCGAAUGUGAAAAAAUGUGAGUGUAUUUGUCUUGUUAGUAUUUCUUCAGGUUUCAUUUAAAUGAGGCAUAUAAUAUUAUUUCGUAAUUUAUAUAAAUAGAUGUCUCAUGUGUUGGCACAAGCAUAACCCUUCUGCACUAUCUGUCUCAUCCAUGGCCUAGGCUGCCUAUAAAUAUUCUUGAUUAUUUUUUUUAAGCCAUGGGUGGGGGACCUGGGGCCCUCCAGAUUUUGCUGGACUCCCAUCUGUCACAAACAGCAUGGCAUUGGUUAGGGAUGAUGGAAGUUGUAGUUUAGCAGUAUCCGGAGAGUCACAGGUUCUCCAUACUUGCUUUAAAUCUUGGAGAAUCAGAGUAGAAGGUUCCUGUACAGUCAUAAUUAUAAAUUUUUUUGUUUUUUUUUUAAAAAAACUUGGUACACAGUAGAACAAACAAAUGCAAGAAAAGAAAAAUGUGCUGGAAUUAGACUCUAGUUCCCAUUUACAGAGAUGUGGAAGACAGCCUUGGGUCGAUUGACCCUUUACUUAGUUCUCUUUUCCCUCAUAUAAAAACUAUGCAAGACACUCUCUUUUAAAGUUUAAAUGGCAUAUAAUUUUUACUUAGUGUACUUGCAGUUUCAGAUUAAAUAUACAAUGCAGGUGGAUGUUUCUUAAAUUGCUAAAACCUCUUACACAGAUUAAACUGUUACAGGGUAACUGACUCUGAGGCAGACAGCAGCACAAUGUCACAUAACCUGCUGCUCUAACUGCCAUAACUGUACCAACUGCUAUAACUGCCACAGGGUGUAUGACAUCACAGAGUUCUACAGCUCUUGCAAUUAACCCUUUGCAUAUGCAUUUUGGAUGUUAUCACCCCACAAAAUGAAGUACUGUUUGCAUUUCCAAAGUAUACGCCAUUUUGAAACUGUGAGGCAGCCUUUCCCCAUCUGGUGCCCUUCAGAUAAACCUGCACUACAAUUCCCAUCAUCCUUAACUGUUGGCUUCUUCUAGCCCAGGGAAGUGGUGUAGUACAGUAUGUGAGAUGUUGAUCUGCUACUUGCCUGGACAGAAUUGCUACCCAACUCAAGCUCAGAAGUGUAGGGUCUACAUUUGUAGUUUUCCUUUCCAAGUAUAUAUGACUGCAAGGAAACAUCCAGCCCAAUAUGUGCAUGCUGUUUGCUUUGAAUGAAAGCCUACUACAUUAAAUGAUGCUUGUGCCAGUUAGUGUGCAAAGGAUUUCAGACUUACAAAGCAAAUAGGUUUCAGAAAGUUUUGAGAUGAAAUGACAGCUGAUACUGAAAAUUGAGUAAGGAUUCUUGGAGUACAAAUAAACGAACUGUACUAGGAAAUCUCUGAUAAAGUUUUUCAGAGAGGUAGCCAUGUUAGCAGCAAAAAUGACAAAGUGUAUUGUGGCACCUUAAAGACCAAUGGAUCUUGUCCUACUUGUGUAUAUGUGAGUUUGUGUCUGUCACCUUGGGAAUCAACUUGAAAAACAAAGCAGAUGGUUCUCUGUGUCUGAAUAUCAUUAAGUCAAACUGAAGCAUUCAGUAUAUGGCUGCAAUAAACUGCAUCUGAAUGGGCAACCUUUAAUCUUACAUAAGUUAGUUUUAACCUCAAGCAUAGGUUUAUGAAAAUAUCUGACAACGUAUUAUAUGACUUAAAUGAUUGCACUUCAGUUUGGCAGGCUCAAACCAUAAUUGUCUUCUUUUGAUAAUAAUUUUCGUACUGAUUAUCAAAUAAAACCUGUUAAAUAAUAUAUUCCAGUUGGAAAUUCAAGCAGGGAAAAGGUGUGCUAAUUUGCAGCCAAGAAUAUUCUAGCUUUGGCAUCAGUUUUUACUUUAAGCAACAUGGAGCCAAGGACAUUUUUAAUGAGUCAGUCCAGAUGUAUGUUGAUGGGUUGCUGCUGUAUAAGCCAUGGGCCAAAUCCUUAUUUGGUUCUUAACUUAUUCAGUGCUUCCCUGAAAGGUAGUGGGGUGCUUGCUUGGACACAGAAAGAAUAUUCAGUGCAUUAUGGACAUCCUCCAACAGCAUUAGAAUGUCAGAGCCUACUCAAGAUGAGCAAUUUUGUCCUAGGAUCAAACUUACUGUCAACUUCUCCAGUAGCUCACAACACAAAAUUGCAACGAGGCCAUCUUAAAUUGGUAAAAUACUAAUACCAGCAGGGAUCCACAGCACAAUAAAGGUAUUUGUGUUAUCUUCUGAUCAUGCCUGGGCCAUAAAACAGCAUGGAGAGUUGUGUCCAAUAUAGUAAAGGCAAAGGGUGGAAGCAAUGGUGACAUUCACCUGAAUUACAUGGUAUAUGUGGCAACCAUUUUAUGCAUAUCCAAUUGGCAUUCAACUUAUAGGUCCUUUUGGACCUGGAAGAGGUCAGGACGGGACGGGAAAGGGUGUAACAGGGCAGAGCAGACUUAUGUGCACUCCAGUGACGUUCGCGGGAGCCAGGAACGGAACCCCAUGCAAAAUGGUUGUAGGCGUUACCAGAGGGCCAUGAUCCAACCAUAACAGGAGUCUCUCCCAUGCUGUUCUGAUAACAAAUGAAAUGGGCUACAAUUGAGGUAGAGAAAGUCAGGAAAACCAUCAAUGCAUCUUGGCGUUCCUUCUGCAAAUAGGACUGCAUUAGAGGAGCCUAAGUCUAGGAUCCUACUGCUGUUAAAUUUUUCUUUAUGCUCUCUUUAUUGAAUUCAUCUGUAAUGCUGGAAAUGGAUGGACAUUGAACUUUGAUGGAGGAUAAAAUUACAAUUGGUUGAUUGCCUAGUACUGUUACAGAUUUUAGUUUUAUUACUAACUUAGACUUCCUAGUAUCCCUGCUUGCAUGAACCAAAGUGUAGAAUCUGAUGAAAUCACUAAUCAUAAUGAAAAAGAAUAUUUAAUUAGGAACAGAAGGUAAGAUGGCUGUGAAAUUCUGCAGUCUGUUGGAGGAGUAGCCAGUGUGGUGCCCUCCAGAUGUUGUUGGAGUAUAACACUCAUCAGCCCUAGUCAGCAUGGCCAGUGGUCAGCUGAAGGCCAGCAUCUGGAUGGCACUGUGUUGGGUACCCCUGGGCUAGAGGUUUUUGGUUUUUUUAAGGCGGUAUAGUGGAACAAGGUUUUAUGGAUAAAUGUGCGCCUGAAUCUUCUAGUUUCUUCUUAAAGGAAAUCGUAUUUUUUCACUCACAAAAAAAGUCAACAAUUUUGAUUUUAGCUCAGUUUUCUUUGUACCUCGCAUACCACAUCACAUUAAUAAAAGUUGUGGGCCAAGAAACAGAGGUUUAAAUCUGAAGGUAGCUUAUCUCAUAGCCUGGCAUCUGACCAGAAAGCAAAGAAUGACGUUACUUGGCAUGUUGCCUCCUUUGGUGUCAUCAUUUUAAGUUGCCAAUAGUAAAUAAAGAACUAUGAACACUGCUGAAAAAAGAUGGUGCCCUGGGGAUAUUCUAUUUUCAAAUGCAACAAUGAUCUAAGUGCAGUUCGCCUUUCCAGCUGUUUUUCAGGCUGUGGAGAAAAGUCCCUGCUUUAUAAUUUAUCCAAAAAAGAGUUAGACAGAGACUGUCCUAAACGUACCCUUUUAAUUUACUGAGUUAACUACAGUGGAGUGACACCUGGGAUGAAUUUUGCCCUUGCUGUCUGGAUUACUAACACAUGCUUUGCCCAAAUGGUGGUUCCUUUAUCACUAUUUUUAGAUCUUAAAGAAAGCAGUCCCUGAUACAAAAGCAACUCAGUAUCAAAGGCCAAAAAGGCCAAAACAUCAGGUACUGCAAAGUAUUAGCACAUGGGCAUCCAUGUGUGAAAUAUUUAUGGUGAGCCACACCAAACAAGCUGACUUCUCUUUGGAACAACGGACCGUCUGAUUCCAUCUAGAUCUUUCAUUGCCUUUUUUUUUCAAUGAGAAGAAUUUAAGAAAAGUUAAAUUAUAUGGGUACAGUGAUAGAGAUAAGGUAGCUUUGUGCCACAUUUUUCAGGUGGCAAACCUCUAUUUAAGGGCUGUUUGGUUGAAGCCUGGUUUAAUGAGAGGUAUUGCAUUAAAAUUUGUUAGCAUACUAAAUUUCUUUGCAAAUCUUCCCUAUUGUAAUUUCUCUUUUUUUGGUAAUGCAUGAGUGAUCACCCUAGAUUUAAGAAAGCAUAGCUGAUAAUAUAAAAGGUAUUAUUGUGUUUCUAUCUAACAGCAUUAUAGUUCUUUUCUUAUAAAGAAUACUUAGUACUUAUUAUUGUGUUUAAUUCAAAGCAGUAAUUUAGCGUCCCUCAGCUUCUGAGUUCACAGCCCCCAUUUUUAGCACUCUAUGUCCCCUUGUUUUUCUGCCUUCCUUCUUAGCUGUCAAGAACACACAGCUCCCUCUUAGCCCUUGGCUCUGAGUUAUGUAUUCCCCUAGUCCAAACAAUCUAGUUUCCUUUCCACCAGCUAUACUGAGGUAGGCAGAGCUUCCUUUUGUUUUUAAAUAAAAACACUCUGAGUAUGAAAUACAUAAGGCCUGCAUCAGUUGUGAAUGUCACAAGAAUGUUUUCAAUUGCUGCUUUUCUUGGCAAAUUACAUGGAAACACGUUUCAGUCACCAUUUCCAUAUAUUUUGCAGAAAAACACCAGUUUCAAUGCAGUGCACUGUUCACAAAUGAUGCAAGGAACAUGUAUUUUGUACUUGAUUAUCUGUUAGAGUUCAAAGUGUCAAAUGAAAACUUGCCUGCUUUAGGGUCACUUUUAUCUUAACACUGGGAUUAUGCAGGGAAGAUUAGCAUGGCUGCUUCUUACAAACUAUUUUGCACUAUAGGCACAUGCUAUCAAAUAAGAAUGUGUGUGUUCGUCCAUAUAUAUUUGUGUCUUGUCUUUUUAAAAAGACAUCUAAAUGAAGACUGGGGGAAAUGUAGGGUCCCAUAUAUUUGCAUUUAAAGGGAAAGGAACUUACUUACAAAUGUGUGUGGUCUUCGUAAUUAGUGCAAUAUGUGUGUUUGAUUAUUUGAGUGCAACACAUGUUGACAGGCUAGCUUCUUACAUUCCAUGAAUUACUCUUGCUCAUUAGCAGUUAGAGUAUCUAUGAAGACUUUUGUGACACUUCAGUAACUCAGCCAAUGAUUAGCAGACAGACGGCAGCCAAAAGCUGAUUUGGUAUAUGAACUUCCUUUGCUUAGUAUUAUUAUAUACAGUGGUACCUUGGGUUACAGAUGCUUCAGGUUACAUAUGCUUCAGGUUGCAGACUCCACUAACCCAGAAAUAUUACCUCGGGUUAAGAACUUUGCUUCAGGAUGAGAACAGAAAUCACGCGGCAGCAGCGCAGCGGCCGCAGGAGGCCCUAUUAGCUAAAGUGGUGCUUCAGGUUAAGAACAGUUUCAGGUUAAGAACGGACCUCCGGAACGGAUUAAGUUCUUAACCUGAGGUACCACUGUAUCUAGAAUAAUUCUCGGAGCUUCUGUGAAAAAGCUCUGACCCUCUAUGCCACUUCUGUAUUCACAGCAUACUCUGAACAGAAUCUAUCUCACUGAGAUUCCAGCAUUGCAGGAGGUUGGACUUGAUAGCCCUUAGGGUCUCUUCCAACCCUACAAUUCUGUGAUUCGGGGGGGGGGGAUAUUCAGUCAAGCAGAUGCAGAAGUAAAUUGCACUUAGCUUUUUCCUUUGUGAAUGAAACAAAGCUAAAAAAAUUUCAAGAAUCAGACUGCUAUAACUAAACAAAAAGAAAGCUACAUUAUAGCCUGCUAAAGGAGGUGAUGACACCUUACAGAAUCACAGACUUGUAGAGUUGUAAGGGACCAUGGGGGUCUUCUAGUCCAACCCCCUAAAUUGUAGGAAACUUUCAUCCACCCAUGACCCUGAGAUUAAGAGUCUCAUGGUUAAGGUGGCAGUGUUCUGGGAAGAAUGACUUUAGCAGUCCCACACAUCCUUCGGCCCAGUGGGUUUUGACUAUACUCAAUUUUGGCCUUAGGCGCGAUCACCAGUAUUAAUAAUAAUUAAUAAAUAAUAAUAAUAAUAAUAAUAAUAAUAAUAAUAAUAAUUUAUUAUUUGUACCCCGCCCAUCUGGCUGGGUUUCCCCAGCCACUCUGGGCUAUUUCCAACAAAGAUUAAAAAUACAUUAAAAUGUCACACAUUAAAAACUUCCCUAAACAGGGCUGCCUUCAGAUGUCUUCUAAAUGUCAGGUAGUUGUUUAUCUCUUUGACAUCUGAUGGGAGGGCGUUCCACAGGGCGGGCGCCACUACUGAGAAGGCCCUCUGCCAGAAUAUAACCACCAUGUAAGUUGUGGACCUUCUGUAUAUUACUGUCAGGAAGGUCGGGGUGGGGGGAGCAAAGUGUGCUGCAAAGGAUGCUUGUGGUUGAACUAGAUUGGCUGAGUGGGUGACCUUCAUACCAGUCCUAGUAACAGGAGGCUUGGUCAGCUCAGGUAUAAGACGGUAUCAAUUUCUAUUCCACCAUAUAUUCAUCCCAUGCAGCGCUAUUCCUGCUGCACUGCAGUAUGGCUUCUAACAAAACCACAUUAUUUGUCUCACUGUCCACUAUGGUGAAAUUUUAAGUAAUUAAUUCUGUAACUCCGCAUCAUUGCAAUGCAAAGGAGAUGCAAUUCAAAUUGGGGGUGGGGAGUUAUAUAUCUUUUGAUCACAUUCACUGGAUGUGGGAUGAAGAAGUAAACAUUGGCAAUUGCUGCUUCCAUUUUGUUGGUUGUCAGAAAGGAUGUAGAAUAUUCUGUGCCAAAGAGCCAAGAGAAUGUAGCAUUGUCAGGGGCACCCACAGGACGGAAUCUGUAUCUUUAAGAGAUGUGCAGAAUGGAAAUUCGUUAUGGUAUGCCUUCUCCUGUCAUUAAAACCCUAUGAUAUUGAAAGGCCACAUAAUUUGGCCGCACAAUUUGAAGUAUUGUGCUACCUUAAAUAAAACAUGUUGGGAUAAUGGGAUGUUUGCAGGAUCUUCUCCUUGCUGUCACUUUCCUUGGAAUAGGGCCUUUGGAGCACCACCUUAUCAGAAUAUUGCUAAAUUCAGCAAUGACACUUACAAUGUCAACAUAGUUUAUCUGCCUCAGAUAAGCAGAACAGAAUGGUGCAGAAAUGUAUUUCCACUCAUAUCUCUGUAUUCUCUCAUAACUCUAGAGUUCACUCAGCCUGCUAAACAUAGUAAUACUUUAGUAAUACUUUAGCUAACACAUCUAUCAGCACAAUUAUUUAUACUAUAGAAGAUACAACAGUAUUGUUUGAUAGGGUGCCCAUUUUUUUAAAUAGCGAAUGUCCAGAGGGCAGUGGGAGCUGUAGGAUUUUUUUUUUUCUAUAUGAAAUUUUGCACUGCCUAAGCAACAUUCACAUAGAUUAUCCUAAAUAACACUUGCUCUGUUUAUGACGUUAUUAAUAAUCACUUUUUCUAAAGGUCUUCAUAUUCAUCCCUGCUAGUAACUCAGUGAAAUAGGCAGUGCUCUUUUUCUUAAAAAAUGUUUAGGGGUACUCUCAUUUUCCUAAUCAUAUUGAAAUACUGCCCAUCAAUGAGGCUAAACUUAGAUUCACAAAAUGUUUAGGGCUGUGCGUACCUCUGCGUCCCCCCAGGGGGGAAAAGCACUGGAAAUAGGGUGAUUACUGUCAUUUUGCAAGCCAAGAACCAAGGCUAAGAGAGGCUGGUUUAGCAGACCUGUUUCCCCACCAUCUGCAGUUACUAGUAUAUAUUGCAGUUGUACCUUCUAUAGGACUGCCUGUCCUACUGCAUUAGGCUCCCCUUCCCCUUUAUCCCCAAGGACACAAGGACCUAUGCAUGUGGCAGAACAAGAAGCAAGGGCUCCCUCUCACGGGACUUAGGGGGAAGUAGGAAGCAGAAGCUGGUCCUGACAAGCAUUUUGGGUAGGCCAAUUACUAGGAUCACAUGGAAACAGCUUGCUCAUUUGAUUUGUUCACUUCUCGUAUCUCAGUGAACUAUUUCUUUCAUAAUUUUCCUUUGUCAUAUUCAAGAUAACCCUGCAGCAACUGCAUAUAUGUUAGAAUACGAACUAAUAUCUUUCAGUGCAGUCAGUGCAGCAGUAAUUUCCCUUCAGCACUUAAGUAGCAUUUUUUUAAGUCCCCAGAGUGCAUUAUGCAUUUUUAAAAUGGUAAACAUACAAAUAUUUAUCAACAUAAACUGCUUUAUAAAUCCCACUGAGCACUGCUGACGUAUUAUUUGGCUGUGAUCAUCUAGCAAGUCUUAUGUAAUAAAAGUGGGGCUUCCCCUUUGCUGGCAAUGGAGAAAGCAAAGCAAAACAUACCCAUGUUUUUGCUUAGCUCUGCCUCUCAUAGCCCUAAGCUCUAAAGCAGUAUGGAUCAUGAUAUGAUGUUCUAUAUGUAACAGCUUUUAAUCCUUGUAUAUGCUUCCCACAAAACCAUCUGUGAACUUAUACAACAAUGACAAGUACCGUAUUUUUCGCACUAUAGGACGCACUUUUUCCCCUCCAAAAAUGAAGGGGAAAUGUGUGUGCGUCCUAUGGUGCGAAUGCAGGCUUUCACUGAAGCCUGGAGAGCGAGAGGGGUCGGUGCGCACCGACCCCUCUCGCUCUCCAGGCUUCAGGAGAGCCCCAGCGCCAGCCCCACAAGGUCGGGGGGACAGAGGAGGCGGAACGCCGCCAUCCCGCUGUCUCCCGAAGUGGUUUGGAGGCUGACGGCGGGGAGACCCCGCCGCCGGCCCCGCAGCUCCGGGGACAGCUGGGAGACGCAGCGCGUCUUCCUGCUGUCCCCGGACCUGAUCUGAAGGCGGGCGGCGGGGAGAAGAGCGCUCUCCCCGCUGCCGGCCCCAAGCUCCGGGGACAGCAGGGAGACGCAGCGCGUCUUCCCGCUGUCCCCGGACUUGAUAUCUAGGCGGGCGGCGGGGAGAGCAGCGCUUCUCCCGCUGCCUGCCCCCAGCUCCGGGGACAGCAGGGAGACGCAGCGCGUCUUCCCGCUGUCCCCGGACCUGAUAUCAAGGCGGGCGGCGGGGAGAGCAGCGCUUCUCCCGCUGCCUGCCCCCAGCUCCGGGGACAGCAGGGAGACGCAGCGCGUCUUCCCGCUGUCCCCGGACCUGAUGUGAAGGCGGGCGGCGGGGAGAAGAGCGCUUCUCCCGCUGCCUGCCCCCAGCUCCGGGGACAGCAGGAGACGCAGCGCGUCUUCCCGCUGUCCCCGGACUUGAUAUCAAGGCGGGCGGCGGGGAGAGCAGCGCUCUCCCCGCUGCCUGCCCCCAGCUCCGGGGACAGCAGGGAGACGCAGCGCGUCUUCCCGCUGUCCCCGGACCUGAUGUGAAGGCGGGCGGCGGGGAGAAGAGCGCUCUCCCGCUGCCUGCCCCCAGCUCCGGGGACAGCAGGGAGACGCAGCGCGUCUUCCCGCUGUCCCCGGACCUGAUGUGAAGGCGGGCGGCGGGGAGAAGAGCGCUCUCCCGCUGCCUGCCCCCAAGCUCCAGGGACAGCAGGGAGACGCAGCGCGUCUUCCCACUGUCCCCGGACCUGAUGUGAAGGCGGGCGGCGGGGAGAAGAGCGCUCCCCGCUGCCUGCCCCCAAGCUCCGGGGACAGCAGGGAGACGCAGCGCGCCUUCCCGCUGUCCCCGGACCUGAUGUGAAGGCGGGCGGCGGGGAGAAGAGCGCUCUCCCGCUGCCGGCCCCACAAGCGCCUGGGGGAAAUAAUUUUUUCCAUUAUUUCCCCCCCAAAAAACUUGAUGCGUCCUAUGGACCGGUGCGUCCAAUGGUGCGAAAAAUACGUAUUAUAUGGUUAGAAACAGGCAAGAACUGGGGCGGGAGCUGGGCCAGUUGGCAUAGGCCUACAAUUUUGAGGGAGCUUGCUCUGGGUCUGCUAGGUAGAGGCAAAGGUUACUGAAAAGCUUGGCCAUAUUCCCAGCUUUGCAAGGCCCUAGUUAGACAAUCUGAAUUCAAAAAUAGAAAGAAAUGUUAAAUCGGGAAAGAUAUGUCCUUAGCCCUGUGUCUGCAAAAACAAGACAGGGUUAACAACCUGUAGGAAGAGGUUGUUGAUGCAAAUCAACUGGAAGCUUUCCCCUAGAGUCACCGGAGGGUCAUGCCAUGGCCCUAGCCACCACCUGGGCUUCGGACAGGAACCACGACCACUGGAUUUCUUUAACGGAAUACCCUUCAAAGGGAGGGGUAGGUGAUGGCCACAACCUCCCCCCCAACACACAACACAUUUUCCAAUGCCGGACCGCCAAACCUUACAAAGUUGUGAUGGUUUGUUCCGUGCAUGUGGGAACAAAACAGGCAGAGUGCAGGGCCCAUGACUGCUUAAAUGCGGCAAACCAUGCCCCCCAGCUAGCUGGAUUGGCCGGCUGAGGGUGUGAUGCAGGCCCGGCACUCCCUGUGACUCAGGGGGCCCAACCACGCCCCCCUGCAAAGCGCGGGAAGCGAGUCCUGCUCGCAGCUCCUCCCCUCGCGGAAGAGGAGAGGCUUUGCCAUUCUUAUAAUCAUAUAUUCAAAUAUUAUUCAAGCCAAGUUAGCCAAAACUUCUGAUUGGUCCAUUUUCUUCCCUCUACAAACCUUUAGCUGAAAAUCCAGCAGUAUUACUACCAAGGAAACCACAAGAAAAGAUUCCCCUGCCACCACCAGAUCCAAGAAAACCAUUACAACCACAUCCAGCACCAUCACAGCCAAGGACACCACUACAGCCACAACCAGGGGAACAUGUGCAGCCAUCACAGCCAAGAAUACACCUACAGAUUCCAGAACUAAGAAUACCUUUGAAACCAUCAGAUCCACAAAUAAUCGUACAACCACCAUUGCAAGGAAUACCUCUUCAGCCACCAGAUUCCAGGACACCUCUACGGCCAUCAUCACCAGGAUUUAAAGCAGGAUCAAAACCUUCCUUGCCUGGGUCAAGUGGGAUAUUUAUGGAAACUGGACAGGCAGGACCUCCUGGUACAGUUUUAAUGUCGGAAAAAGGACGGAAAAAAAGCAAAAAUGGCCAGAAUGGCCAGAAUAACAUGCUGGUUUCCGAAGGGUCUGCUGGAGCACCAGGUGAGCAGAUUAUCUCUGAGUUACUUGUUGUUUCUUGUCAUUGAUAAAAUAUGCAUAUUUAUUCAGAAUCCGGUGAUCAGAUGUUCUGUGUAAAAAAUAUGACUGUUCCAUACCAACAUACCUGGGGGAUCCAAUGCUCCUUCCCUUUGCAUGUUGGGAUUUACGAUGCUCUGGGGUCACCCAGAGGCCCCCUCAGUCCCACUGACCUCUCCGAGUGUCCUCCUGGUAAGCACAACUGUGGAAUGGCACAUUCCUUCGUUCUAGUGUGCCCUUCAGUGACAUCUUCCAGAUGAAAGAUGCACGCUAAUCUUCUGGCAUAGCGCAGCAAGAAGAACGAACCAUCCGUAGAUCUAAACUACGUAUUUAUUUAUACUAUAUACAGACACAGAAUCAUGGCUCUCUCUCAUUCAGCUCCAAGAGAGAACAGGCAGGCAACUAGUAAAAGUGAAAGUACAUUACAUAGUACAUGCAGAUAGGACUGUAUCCGGUUCUCACGCUUCUUCUCAGUCAUGUGAAUUACACCAAUCACAUAAUGCAGCCUCGGAGGAGUGAUUUGCUAACAUUGCACACCACAGCAGUGGAGGAUAACAGCCAUUCCUAUCUACAAUAUUGCUGCUUCCCACCAACAUUGUAUAGAUAGUAGCAGGAGCCACUAUGUAUAUUCCUUUCUUCACUAAAACAUGCAGGAAGGGAAUGAGAAUGUGCCGGGUCAUGGCCCUCUAAAUUCUUCAUUUAAAUAGCAGUAAUUAGACCACUUACUGGUAGUCUACUAUAAUGCUACUCAUUUCAAAAGGACCACUCCAAAAAUUCUGAGAAAUGCAGAUGCAGAAGUUACUAAGUACUAUAGUACAGAUGCUGGUGGUACUGGAAUUAAUCACAUUUGACAGGAGGGGUGUUUCAUUAUUAGAGACUGUAAAUUUGCUUGAAAUACACAUCUUUUCCAUACUUGUUUGUAGGUUAUCCAAAACUUCCACGGCCUCCCUCUACAACUGAACAAGGUAAUCCCACGUUUUCAGAUUUUUUUUCUUUUCUUUUUGCUAAUUCCCAUAACUUGCUUGGUGGCAUUUACUAAAGCAGUUUAUAGCAUAAAUACUAUUUCAGAUGACAGUUAUUUCCUGAAAUAUUAACUAAGAAACUAUUUCUUCUAGUAUAGUUUCAAAAUCUGAAACUUAUAAAUUACUUUCCCUGAAUCAUCCUCCUGCCCCGCUGCCUCCUCUGUUCACCCUUCAGAUUCCUGCCUGUCCCUGACACCUAGAGAUCAUUAUUUAGUAAUUUGUAUACAGCCCUUCAUUCAUAGUUCUCAGGGCAGUUCACAAGAUGCAUGUAAAAGGCUAUUAACUAAGUAAAUAAGCAGAGAGGAUCUUUAAAUACCUCCUUGUUGCUUUCCCUCUGUUUACAAAGGAAAGCUUGUGAUAUUCUCCUCUUUCAGGCAUCCUACCCAAGUAGGAGCACAAAGGCUGGUGCUGAAAAUAGGCAUAUAUGUCAGCAUAGUGUCUGGGGAAAUGAGGUGUAUCGUGAGUGAAACACACGCUUCAACAUAUGGCUGAGUGCUGGCAUUGAAUCCAUACAUUGUGGCAUGCACACAGAUCCAAUAAUUUGUAUCUAGUAGUUUAUUACCUUCAAUCUUCAUGCAAGGCUAGGCAUGGAGAGACUUAGCUAACCAUAGCCCUUCCUUCAGCUAAAGAUCAGAAACUAUUCUACUGUCAUCUUAAACUGUUUAAAGUAAUUGAUUGUUGACAUGUUCCAGACCCGACUGUGUGCAGGUGACUGCAGAGAGCAUAGCACUGCUGCUAACACUUGGAUAAAGUUAGCUUUCUCAUAUUAGGCUGUUAUGUGGCUCCACUGUUUAAGAAAAGCCACUGAAAUAAUGGAGAUUAAGAUAAUGGUGAGCAAUCUAUUGUAUCAACAUCUUAAAAACUUAUAUAGUGUGUAUAUACAAAUGCUGUAAUAGUUACCUGAAAAUUUAUCUGACUGCAGUUGGAGGUGUGGUUCUGCAGUCCGUUAAGCAGGGGUGAGGAACUCCAAGUCUGGAGGCCAAAUGUGCCCCUCCAGGCCUCUGUCUGGCUCCUGGGACCCUUCCCAGGCUAUGCCCCCUCCCUACUGGUCCUGCUCCAUGCCCUCCCAGGGACAAUAGGUUUGCAGGGCCCAGAAAGGAGCAGCUACUAUGUAGAAGGACACACUGAUUGAAGAAGAAAUCAAUCAAAGUACUGUAUUUUUCGCUCUAUAACACGCACCCGACCAUAACACGCACAUAGUUUGUAGAGGAGGAAAAUCCGUAGGCAUGCCACCCGUAGGCAUUCCCUCCAUAACACGCACAGACAUUUCCCCUUACUUUUUAGGAGGAAAAAAGUGAGUGUUAUGGUGCAAAAAAUAUGGUAAGUUUAUUGUACUAGCUGAAAGUCAUGUCAAUUCCAUACAAUCACAAAUUAAAGAAUAAAAGGAAAUAGCUACAAAAAUGUUAAACUGGAGGUAAGUGAAAGUUAAUUAAAACACCACUUUUGAAUGUGUGUAUAGAACAGUUGCAGCAAAGGAAUAUGCAGAGACUAUUUAGAAAAGUACUUCAGUGGGAAGGACUGGGUAGGGGAAGCUAAGUCCAUCUACAGCACUCCUUAGAAUGACUGUUUUUCUAAGCAGGCUCUGCAUGCACUACACUGCUCUGCUAGGUGGAUGAAGUAGAAGAAUUGUACAUAUAUUACUCUUAGAUGGAUUGCAACAACUGCUUGUCCACUUUGAACUUAGUUACUUAUAAGGAAUGGUCACUUUCAUUGUGGCAGCACAUGGGACUAAAAUCGAAGGUUUGCAAUGAAAGCAGUCUAUUUAGCAAGUUUGUGUUAUGCAACACACUUACCCCUUAGCAGUUGUGAAAUAGAGCAUGUUGCAGUAGCCUCCAUGUGGUGGUUGUGAUCUGUAGAUUGGCCUAGUACUCUCUGCAUUGGGCCUUCUUGGAGAAGCCCAAAGGCUUAAAGCCAUGAAGGUCAUCUUCAUGUGGUGGUAAUCUCUUUUAGCAUAAUUGGUAUGUGGUAUGUAAAGCAUAUAGCUAUAUCCAUUGUGUUUAUUCAUUCCACACACUUUUGAUCAUGUAGAACUAAGACAGUGUUGCCUAAAAAUUUGUUGCUGGAUGAGAUAGGGAUAAUAUUGCUAUUCACUUUGUAGAUGAUAGGAAAAGUGUAAAUAGAAGAGGACCUUCAGUCGUCCCAACAGUGGUGAAACUGCAAAAGGUGUGCUUGUUUUGUUUUCGUUCAAUUAAGGGCAUGGCGAGAACUUUGUGUAUAAGACCAGCUAAAGCACUUGUAAUGCUGCAUUAUGUGUCUAAAUUAUGAUCACUUCUUCAUUCUAGGAGCAGCUGUUACUUCACCAGUGUCAUUCUCUGCUGGUCUCACUCAGAAACCUUUCCCUAAUGGUGUGGGUGUGGUACAUUUCAACAAAGUGCUUGUAAAUGAUGGAAACCAUUAUAACCCUAAAACAGGUAUUGAAAGGUUCAUAAUUGAUAAAGGGAAACAGGAGCAGAAUCUAUUGAAUGAUUUUUUUUAAUUUUAAAUUCUGUAGAAUUUAAAUGCAUUCCGGCAUUUUCUCGACUUGUACCUGCUUAUAUAAAGCAGCUUAAUAGGAGGUUCCCUUCCGGUCCAAGUUAGUGUGAGAGCAGACACUACUGAUACAUUUUUCAGAUCCCUCAAGCUGCUGAGGCUGGCAUUAACUCCAUUGCUAACAUCCAUUUCUUUUAAUCUACCCAAUAUUGUUUAGUCCUUGAGCAUGCUGUCUUCCCCCCAUAAAUCACAAAUACAAGUGGCAGAACUGAAGGAUUUAAUGUUGGGAGAACUUGCUAACAGCAGACACCAUUGCAUUCUUUCCUAUGCAUUGGGGAACUGAAGUGAAAUCACAAUCAGCUCAGUGGAUAAAAAUGUAUAAUAAGCAUAUGCAGGAGCUAAGGGAGAAUGAGCUCAUAAGAGGAAUUUUAUGUGAAGAACUCCUCUUCGUUGUCAUGCCAAAUAAAAUAUGACACGUUCAGAUUAAAUGCCCUUUAUUUCCUCCCAGUUAUUGUACUGACAUAUUUGUGUUAUUUGAAAAAGCGGUAGGAAUUGGACUUGGGCCAACUGUACACGUGUGUUUUGAUUAAUGUGUGUCUUCAUUGCAGGCGUCUUUACAUCUCCCUAUGAAGGUCGUUAUCUGAUCACAGCUGUUCUAGCUCCAGAGAGAGAUGAAUACGUAGAAGCUGUGCUGUCCGUUUCCAAUGCAAGUAUUGCUCAGCUCCACACAGCUGGCUACAGGAGAGAGCUGCUCGAACACCACCGACCACGAUCAGGGAAACGAACUUGUGGUGGAACGGGGGCUUUCCAUCUUGUUCUUCACCUCAAAGCUGGAGCUGAAGUAAGCAUUGUAGUUACUGGGGGCAAGCUGGCCUACACAGACUCUGAUGAAAUAUACUCCACAUUCAGUGGGGUGUUUCUAUAUCCUUCCCUUUCUCAUGCAUAGAGGGGAGUAAUGAAUAAAUGGUGAAGCUUUAAUAUUUUAUUCCUCAUUUUUUUUCAUCACCUUCAAUACUUCUGUUUUAAGUGCAAUCUUUACAUGACUAUAUUUUCUUUCCCUCAGUUGACUUUCUUUUAGAUUAUGGACAUUUAAACAUCCUACAAAAGAACAGUAGUUACUAUGGGGGUAUCACUGAAAUAUGUUCAAAGUAAAUUAUGCACUGUUUAUUAACUUUUGAAAUAGAGACUUUAUAAUUGCAAUCCUGAGUCAUUGAAGCUAGUUAAAUAAAUUUAAAAAUUAUCCUUGUGAAACUAUCUUGUUUUCAUGCAUUAUCCUUAAAAUGCUGAAAGCAGCAAAGGAGGUCCUUUUCACUUAAGUUUGAACUAGCUGUUGAAAAUUAUAGCAGUUGUUGCAGCAAUAACUUUUGUAUUUCACUUUCUAGUCUUCAAAGCAUUUCAUGUGCAUUAACUUGUUCUUGUAAAUCAUGUUGUCAUCAUAUUUUAGAUAGGGGGAAUGGAGCCCAAGGCCACAGAGUAAAUUCAGGAAAAAGGUGAUAUUUGAACUACUAUGCUAGAAGUACGAGGUUCACACAGAAUUCGGUUCUUGUAAGUAUCUGAUGUCCUAAAAGCUUUCAUCUGGGAAAAGUGGAAGUUGAGAACAGGCAUAAUACAACAUGGUCUAAAUAGCACCACUCCCUUAUGUGUUUGUUUUUGCAGCAGACUAAAUACUAAAAAGCAAAGACACCCAGCCAAAUAGGCCACACCCUCCUUUUUCUGUACUUGGUAAUCUACUAAUGGUGCUAGGAACUCCUGCAGCCAAGGAAAGAACAUCCCUCAUGAGGCCUGUGAAAUUUCUCCUCUUGUCUUGCUUCUUCACUCUUGCAGUUCAUCCAAGUUAUUACAAACUUGUAGCCUACCCUAAAAUACUGAAGAUGGCGCUACAUGUACUUGUUCUGUAGGUUAUGACUGGAGUUUCUUUAUCGCAGAUAGUGCAGAUAGUUUUGUGUACUGUAGUCUUAGUCCUAUCUACUCAUACUUAAUAGAAGACUGCUGCUCUUCUGUGGGAAUGGCCAGGAGCCCUUCAGUAAACAAUGGGUUGUGCCUUUACUGAAGGUCUCCCUCAUGUCUCCAGAAGAGGCAGUCACAGUAAAAAUCUAGUGCUUUAUUGUAGUUGGCAGAAAUUUUGCCCCAGCCCCCAACUGCAUUUAGCCACCAUGGAGGAGGCUCACCAGCCCCAGUUCUGCAGCAAAAAAGUAAUUUUUAUGGAAAUUGCAUUUCUGAAUCACUUAUAUGGUAACCCAAAACCUUUUCAGCCUACUUUCAGGUAGAGUCCAAAAUGAACAUAACUACAGGCUUUUUCAGCUGACUGUCUCUUCCGUGUUUAUUCUCCUCUACACCCAAGGUAACUUUUUCCUAUAUUGUACUGAAUGGAAUUUCUGUGAUUAGGCUGCAGGCCGUUCUGAGCACCACAGGGAAUAAUUUCAAAUGUAUAAAGAUAACACAUGUAGUGAGGUUUUAUUGUAAAUUUUAUUAACACAGCACAGUGGACAUUUUUUUCCUAACAGACCAGUCUUUACAAAAAAAAACACUGUACUGGAAUGUUCAAUGAUUAAUAAGUGAAUAAAGGUAUAUCAAAGAAAAAACUGGUUAUAACACAAUUAAAUAGAAUGUACUGAAGAAUUAUCUCCAAUCUUGCAUUCAGAACCAACCACAAUGUAGAUUCUCACGCUCUCUAAAGAAAGGUGUCAAAAGUUUUGCUGAUGAAAGCCUUAUCGCAAAGGUAUCAGUUCUAAUAUAUCUGUCUUACAUAUUAGUUGCUUUAAAGACUUGAGAUAUCUUGCACUUCAGUUACCAGCCUGCAUCACAGUCAUAUUUGCAUAAAUUGAAUGCAUUUAGAAGUUUCCAAUGCUGAGUCAUAUAAUAUUUUUCCAGAUGAGGGCACAAUUCUUGAAAAAGUAUAUGGAUAGUGGAGUACUGUUUUUCAAGGAUCCCAUUUACCCUGCUUAAUAGAGACUAUUUUUGCAUUUACACACACAUACUCUCCUCCAAAUACUAGUCUUAACACAAGGACACAAGAGAUCUAGAACCUUUACACUGCAAUAGAAAACAACUGUUUUCUUGCAUAAACAAGCAGAGAUUGCCUUAAUUAUCCAUGCAUUACUUGCAGGCUUUGAUUUCCCAGCUCCUUACUUUACUUGUAUUCAUUUUAUAUGACAAAUUCCAGGUAAAUGAUUUGAGAGGUGCAGCAUAUGCUGUUCAAUACACUUCCAAAGUAAAAGGAAAUGCAUAUUCAAAAACAGCCUUUAAAAGGUUCUUUGUUCAUAAACACAAAUGUAUAUCUCUUUCAUGGAAAGAACUAAGAAACUUGUGCUGAUCUGAAAUAGAUUUAGUACAAGCGUUGUUUCCCAAUACCAGUUCCAAACCAUCCAUUUCCAGUUCAGCAAGGAAACAGAUUAAAAAUUACCUCUAGCAGAUAGCUAUAUUGGGCACCACCAUCUACCAAUGAGCAGCUCUGGAGUCACUGAGGUAAAAUCCAAACUCAUCAUGUAAUGGUCUGCAUAGUGCCAUUCAAAUUGAGACCAAGAGAUAGAAAACAAUAGUAUAUCAUUUUAAGAAGUGCAUAUUUUGUUCAAAUGAAGGAAGUGUUUGGAUCAAGGUGACUCAAGAGUACUCUUCAGCAUUAAGCAAAAGGGAAUUCUUCCAGAAGUUUUGGAAAUUCUUAAUAUUCAAAAGCAGCACACAGAUCUCCACUCCAAACACUGUCAGAAUUAUUCACUCCAGUUAACAGUACUGAUGCCUUAUGAGGAGCAAGAUAACCUAUUACUGCAAAUGUGAAAUAAUGUACCGUACCUCAGAAUAAAGAGGGAGAGGGAAAAAAAGAUUAAGAGCAUAAUGUGAAACAAACAUUCAACUCAAAUUGAAAUUUAAUCUAGGAUAUUUCAAAUUUUCAGAGUGCUUUACAGAAUACCGUAUAAUAUGAAAAUGAACAAGUGCUAAAUGUUGGAGUGAAUUUUAUCCAGUACAGUAGGCUUUUCUUUACUAGAGCUAUAACUUGUACUUCCUUGUGUGUGGAGAUUUAGGUAAUUCUAUUACUUUAAGAUAUCUGAUUGAAAAAUAGUUUCAAACCACAUACCACAUGACAAUAUAGAGCCCAAUCACUGUUUAGUUAGAAAUUUCAAGCCCCAACAUUUUUCUAAGGUUACAUCUACUGUACUGAUCUAUUUAACUGAUCUAAUUAGUCUCAAAUGUUUUCCCUGUACAAAGUCAAAAGGAGCAAAUUACUAGUUGUGAAACUCCUCGAUAAGUCUGAUAAAGAUUUUAUUGAGCGCACUACGUCUAGUCCUUAAAGGCUGCUACCAUAGUUGACAACAUAAAACCAGCACCGGUAGCAAACCUGCAGAUUAAAUUUAGUAGUUCAUACCUGGCAGAGAAUACAGUUUUGAUAUGUUUACAUGGAUACUUUGGGUGACCAGGAAAGCAUUAGUCAGCAUUUCAGUUCUUAAGGACUGACCUAGCUUCAAGUUAUAUGAUGAUUCAAAAAUGUUAACUCUUUCAGUUUGAGUUGGUUUAUGGCAUACUAGACUAACCUGGCAGGGAGUUGGAAUGUUUUUGCUUAUAGACGUUUUAAUCAACUAUCAUUUUUGUGUCAGGGGUUGGAUAGAAAUAGGUGAAAGAAUGUAAGACAACUGGCUACUUAAAUCAGGACCUCGAUUGCUUUUGGAUCCACUGUGGAGCUAAGAUACUAAAUGUCUAAACAGAAGUAACAUUUUGUACCUGACACACACAGUAUUUCUCACUUGGAUGCUCUUGUCCUGUGCCACUUUUAUCAAAACUGAAAAACCCUGAUACAGAGUUCUGGAAAGGCAUUAAUAGUAGUUCCAGUUUUAAAGACUGACUAUAUACAUUACCUUCUAUAAAACAAGAAUUUAUCCCUGAAUAUUUUCUGAAUCUGUUGCCUGCUGAUCUAUACAGUACCCAUGCUAAGUGCAAUUAAGAGAUGUCAGCUGUUUGCAGCAAAGAUGUUCUUACUGUUCUUUAGAAUUCUAAUUUCACAUAGCAGCUUAGGGAAGCAAAAUUGCUGCAAGAAAGAAAAAGCAUCUCAGACAGCCCCAAUCACUGUAUAGUAGUUGUUUGUUCUUUUUUUUUUUUAAAGGCAACACAACCAUGAGUGGGUAAUAGAAGUACCAUUUCCACUACAAUCCUCAGUUCUUUAACAGUGUAGCAAAACAGAGUGACCACUACACACGAACUCAUGAAUCCUUAAGAUAUUUUUAAAGAAAUUAAUAAUGAGAGAGACAUUGUAUCUCAAACAGCCUAAGUGCUGGUUUAAGUACUAAAUAUAAUUCCUAUAGUGGGCCUAUUAAAUCUCUGCUAUCAAUUUUACAUACUUUUUUCUCUUUUCCUUUAAGAUGAUAUAUCAAGGAGGCUAACAUACAUAACAUCACACACAUCCACUGUGGUUUGUAUAUAUGAAGAUGCAAAUCUGCAACUAAAUUUUCAUUUUCUGUCCUCUAUCCUCUGGAUGGUCUGCUAUUUCAAAGGAUUGCUAUCUUUCUAAUGCCUUAAAUCAAACAGUAAGGACAUCUUAAAAGAACAAAGAGAGAUCAGCCUUGCAUUUCAUUUGCUUAUGCCAAACCUUUGGCGCUUCCUGUAUUUAAUAAGACACAUGGUACCAAAGGAUAAAGGAGCCUCUGCGGAAGGAGGUUCUCUGUGAUCAGUGCUGUUCAAGCUAAGUCUUCUAUGUUCACUUCAGGAAGCUGUUCUCUCCAAUAGCAGAAGGAGCUGAAUUCUGGGCAUACAAAAGCAGAGCUCUGUUCUUUAUUAAGAAGUGGAAACACAUGUUCUACUAGUUCACUCAGCCUGUAAUAC